AUGGCUGACAAAGGCAAAAAGGGCAAAGCAGCAGCCCCUGCGCCCGAAGACGCGCCCCCUCCGGGGGACCCCAAACCCGAAGACAAAGAUCAGAAGCCCAAGAAAAAGGAAAAGUCGGUGCAGCCCCAGGAUGAGGUGGGCACGAGGAAGGGCUGUCGCCGCUACAAGUGGGAAUUCAAGGACAACAAUAAAGAGUUCUGGGUUAUGGGGCACGCCGAGGUCAAGCUCCUGAGCUUGGGCUGCCUCAUAGCUGCAAUGGUUAUGUUCACCGGCUCCACCGUGCACCCUCUCUUGACACUCAUCAUCACCAUGGAGUUGUCCGUGUUCUGCUUCUUCUUCAUUAUCUACACCUUCGCCAUCAACAGAUACAUGCCCUUCAUCCUGUGGCCCAUUUCUGACCUUCUCAAUGACCUGUUCGCCUUCAUCUUCCUUGUGGGGGCCAUUGUCAUCGGGGUGAAAAGCCGGACGAGCAUGCCAACGCCCUACUUCAUUGCUGUGAUCCUCAUUGGUGUGGCUGGACUUUUCGCUUUAAUCGAUAUAUGUCUUCAAAGAAAACAUUUCAAAGGCAAGAAAGUCAAAAGGAAUGUGCUGAUUCCCCCUCCACCAAGGGAAAAGCCAAAGGGACCAGAAAAGCCACCGGAAAAGGCAGGAGAAAAGCCCCCGGAAAAGGCACCAGAAAAGGCCAAGGAUAAAGGAAAGGGAGGCAAGAAAUGAUGGCAAAGAGACCCCCAUUGUCAAAGCAAUGGCGUGUUUUAC